GACUCUCGAGCAUCCACGUGCGCCCUUUAGACGUUGUUCUUUAGAAAGCAGACGAAGAAGACGAGAAACGCUGUGAUUCCGACGUAGGCGGCACAGCGUUUGGAAGCGGAACAAGAAAGCUGACGAAGAAGACGAGACAAGGACGAUGAGGUCGAGGGCAAGCAUUUGUAUUGUCAAUCGAUCACUCUGUUUCGGUUUCGCUUUCUCCAUUCAUCGCACAUGUCACAGCGCGGUCUUUGAGGAACUAAAUCAAAUAGAAUAGAAUCGAACAAUGUCGGAUUCCGAGGACCAGACGCCGAGAAGGUACAUCCAGCCGCCGCCCUCGAUGGCGGCCAGGGCUCCGCCUGGACCCGGUGCGGAGAACCAGACGGCAACGGAGGGGCUCGGGGUGUCGUCGAUUUUGAGGCGAUGGAAGAGAGAAGAUAUAAUGAGGAAAGGAGGAUUGGCUUUGCGGGGAUUGGCUUCGCUGUUCUCGUUGCUCGCUUUUAUUAUAACCGCCAGCAAUGAGCACGGCGGCGGGGAAGACUUCCACAAGUACGAAGAGUACAGGUACUUGUUGGCGAUCGCGAUUCUGUCAUCCUUGUACACGGGGAUCCAAGCAGUGAGACACGUUCAUCAAAUCUUUACGGGGAAUCGGUACCUUCAGCAAAGGACGUCCGCCUUGAUCGACUUUUGCGGUGAUCAGGUCAUGGCAUACCUUCUAAUAUCGGCGGCAUCCGCAGCCAUUCCCCGGACAGAUAACGUGAGGGAUGACGCGGACGACGCGUUCACGGACUCAUCUGCCGCCGCAAUCGCCCUGGCUUUCUUGGCCUUUUGCUCGUUGGCGUUGUCGGCAGUUAUCUCCGGAUAUAGACUGUCGACACGUUCUUAUAUCUAGUCUUCGAUCUCUUUGUAUUUGAGGAUGGUUCGAUUAUCGUUUUCCACCAACAAUAUCAAAGUACUCUUUUUCCAUUAUUGAAUGCCCUGAGAAGUACCAGUCGAAAUUAGGAACCUUGCAAUUGCAUCUAUAGAGAAUUGCAUGUCCUGCCUAGAUCGU